AUGGCAGCCGCGCAACCACCCAUUCAAUUCGUCGAUGACUAUCAGACGUCCAACGUCUUUGACCUGUUGUCCCUCAAAGAUAGAGUGGUAGUCAUCACAGGCGGUGCGCAAGGCAUUGGCUUGGCACUAGGCUUCGCUGUUGCCGAGGCGGGGGCUUCUAUUGCCAUCAUUGACGCCGCCUCUGAGCCCGAUUUGGCUUACAAGGAUCUCCAAGCGAUUAGCAGCAAGACAGCAUUCUAUCAAUCAGACGUAACCGAUUUUGAGCGUCUCAAAUCGACCUUCACCUCCAUCGCCAAAGACUUUGGGCGAGUUGAUGGCUUAAUUACAGCGGCCGGAGUCGUCUCAGACGAGCCGCUUCUGCAGCGAGACCCGAGGAGCGUAAAGCGCUGCUUGGAGAUCAAUUCACUGGGCACAUACUAUGCAGUACGCCUCGCAACCGAGCAAAUGGUGAAGCAGCCCCUUCGAAGCCCUGGCGCCGGAGCUGGCUCCAUCAUGACGAUUGCCUCAAUAUCGGCCCAUCAGGCGAGCAGGGGCCAGUACACCAGCGACUACUGCAUGAGUAAGGGUGCUGUUCUAUCACUUACGAAGCAGCUCGGUGUCGAGCUCGCUGAGUAUGGUAUAAGAAUAAACUCUCUCUCACCCGGGUACAUCUCCACGGGGCUGACCGCCAGUCUGGUUAGACAGCACCCCAACCUGGGUGACAUCUUUACCACUGAGCCCCCGAUGAAGAGGAUGGGCAGACGGUCGGACCUCAAAGGCGCCGCUGUGUUCUUGUUGUCCGAUGCCAGUUCUUACAUGACGAGUGCCGAAAUUCUGAUCACUGGUGGCAUGCAUGCCGGAAGGUUGUAG